GCUGCACCUCUAUGGUCUUUCUCCUUUUUCUUUUCCCCUCCCCCACACACGCACACCCCUCCCCCUUCGCUCUCUUCCUUCGGCGAGACGGGAAAUGGCGGCCGUGCUGCGCUAAGGGAGCGGGCCGGCCUUGCAGUUCCGCCCGCCAGGAAUUAAUAUUUCUGAGAGCACACUUGCUGAAUUCUUAAAUCAUCAUCUCAUUUGUUAACCUUUAGAAGUCUGAGUAUAAUCCACUAGAAGAAAAUGGGUCGAUCUAACUCUCGAUCACAUUCUUCAAGAUCCAAGUCCAGGUCUCAGUCCAGCUCUAGGUCGAGGUCCAGAUCACAUUCUAGAAAAAAGAGAUACAGUUCUAGGUCUCGGUCAAGGACGUAUUCACGAUCUCGCAGUAGGGACCGUGUUUAUUCUAGAGAUUAUCGCAGAGAUUACAGAAAUAAUAGAGGAAUGAGACGUCCCUAUGGUUACAGAGGAAGAGGUAGAGGGUAUUAUCAAGGAGGAGGUGGUAGAUACCACCGUGGAGGUUAUAGACCUGUCUGGAAUCGAAGACAUUCCCGAAGCCCGAGGCGAGGUCGUUCGCGUUCCAGAAGUCCAAAACGAAGAUCUGUGUCAUCCCAGAGGUCUAGGAGCAGGUCUCGUCGAUCUUACAGAUCAUCCAGGUCUCCAAGGUCCUCUUCAUCUCGUUCUUCAUCCCCAUACAGCAAGUCACCUGUCUCUUCCAAAAGACGUGGGUCUCUGGAAAAGCAGGCUAAGAAAACUGAGGGGGCUCCUCUCCAAGAUAGCCCUUUGAAAACAAAAUCCCAGGAUGAACAGAAAGAUACAUUUGAACAUGAUCCAUCUGAGUCCCUUGAUGAUUUUAACAAAUCAUCAGCAGCUUCUGGUGACAUUUGGCCUGGUCUUUCAGCAUAUGAUAACAGUCCAAGGUCGCCCCAUAGUCCUUCUAUUGCCAGCCCACCCAGUCAGAGUUCAUCUUGCUCUGAUGCCCCCUUGCUCAGCACAGUCCACUCGGCAAAAGAUACACCUCAGCAUUCACAUUCCAUUCAACAUAGCCCUGAGAGGUCUGGUUCUGGUUCCCUUGGGAAUGGUUCCAGUCGUUACAGUCCUUCCCAGAAUAGUCCAUUACAUCAUAUCCCUUCAAGGAGAAGCCCUGCGAAGACAAUCCCAUCACAGAAUGCUCCACGUGAAGAAACCCGAAUGCGCUCAUUUUAUCCUGAAGGUGGGGAACAGGAAACUGCAAAGGGUGCAAAGUUUCUAAAAAGGUACACAGAUGAAGAGUCUAGAGUAUACCUGCUUGAUAGGGGUAAUACAAGGGAGAAGGAGGCACAAAAGGAGAGAGGAUCAGAAAAAGGGAGGACAGAGGGAGAGAGGGAAUGGGAGGAUCAGGAAGCUUUAGAUUAUUUUGUUGAUAAAGAGACUGGGAAACAAAAGUUUAAUGACUCUGAAGGGGAGGACACAGAGGAGACGGAGGAUUAUAGACAGUUCAGAAAAUCUGUCUUGGCAGAUCAGGGUAAAAAUUUUGCUACUGCAUCUCACCGGAAUGCUGAGGAGGAAGGAACCAAAUACAAAUCUAAAAUUUCAAUGAAGGGCAAUAGAGAGAGCGAUGGAUUUAGAGAAGAGAAAAAUUAUAAGCUUAAAGAGACUGGCUAUGUAGUGGAAAGGCCUAGUGCAACAAAAGAUAAGCACAAGGAAGACGACAAAAGUUCUGAGAGAAUAAUGAAGAAAGAAACUCAGUCACCUGAGCAGGUAAAGUCUGAAAAGCUCAAAGAACUCUUUGAUUACAGUCCCCCUCUUCACAAGAAUCUGGAUGCGAAAGAAAAAUCCACCUUCAGAGAGGAGAGCCCACUUAGGAUCAAAAUGAUAGCCAGUGACUCCCAUCGUCCUGAAGUUAAACUCAAAAUGGCACCAGUUCCUCUUGAUGAUUCCAAUAGACCUGCUUCCUUGACUAAAGACAGGCUGCUUGCUAGUACGCUUGUCCAUUCUGUCAAGAAGGAGCAAGAGUUCCGAUCCAUCUUCGACCACAUUAAGCUGCCUCAGGCCAGCAAAAGCACAUCAGAGUCAUUUAUUCAGCACAUUGUGUCCUUGGUCCAUCAUGUCAAAGAACAAUACUUCAAGUCACCUGGAAUGACCUUAAAUGAGAGGUUCACUGCGUAUCAGAAAGCUACCGAAGAGCAUUGCACCCGUCAAAAGAGUCCAGAAAUCCAUAGGAGGAUUGACAUCUCUCCAAGUGCCCUGAGAAAGCAUACCCGUUUAGCAGGUGAAGAGAGAGUCUUUAAGGAAGAAGGUCAAAAAGGUGAUAAAAAAUUAAAGUGCGAUUCUGCUGACCUCCGACACGACAUUGACCGUCGUAGAAAAGAGCGAAGUAAAGAACGAGGGGACUCUAAAGGUUCCAGGGAAUCCAGUGGAUCAAGAAAGCAAGAGAAAACUCCAAAAGAUUACAAGGAUUACAAAUCUUACAAAGAUGACAGUAAACAAAAAAGAGAGCAAGACCGUUCUCGAUCUUCCUCAUCUUCCUCCCCAUCUUCCUCCUCAUCCAGUUCCCGAGAAGAAAAGGACUGCAAGAAAGAAAGAGAUGAAGAAUUCAAAACCCACCAUGAGCAGAAGGAAUAUUCUGGUUUUGCAGGAGUCAGCAGGCCCAGAGGCACCUUUUUUCGAAUUAGGGGCAGAGGAAGAGCCAGAGGAGGUUUUGCUGGUACAAAUACUGGUCCCAGCAACUCAAAUACUACUUUUCAAAAGAGACCGAAGGAAGAGGAAUGGGAUCCUGAAUAUACCCCAAAAAGCAAGAAAUACUUCUUGCAUGAUGACAGAGAUGAUGGUGUGGAUUAUUGGGCCAAAAGAGGAAGAGGUCGUGGCACUUUCCAGCGGGGCAGAGGGCGGUUUAACUUCAAAAAAUCAGGUAGCAGUCCAAAGUGGACACAUGACAAAUACCAAGGGGAUGGGCUUGUAGAAGAAGAAGAAGAAACGAUGGAAAAUAAUGAAGAAAAGGACAGACGCAAAGAAGAAAAGGUAGAAAAUUCUGGCUUGUCUGUGAUUUGAUGAAUAUUUUCUUCCUCACCGUACUCUUUAACUUCAAUCUCCUAAAAUGAAAACACCUUAAUGUAGAGUCAGUAAUGGACAAAAAGAAUGCAGUAAGAUAUUAUUUCUCUUUUUCCACAGGAGUAAUAAGUUUGAAGAAUUUCAACUGAAAGAUCAGCCCUCACACUAUCUACACAGCAUUUUUAAUAAUUUUCUUUUGUUGUCAAAUGAAUGUAAGCAUUUUACUUAAAUUUUACUGUUUGAAAGUAGUAUAGAACAAUUGUUUUGUUUUAAGCCUUUAGGAAUCUUGAUAUAGUAAACUGUAUGCUGAUGAUCGUACAGGUAGAAAGUAAAAUAUUUGUAACUCAACUUUUAAGAACUUUUACUGUUUGUUAUAUGCAGUGUAAUUCUGUUUUGUCCAAAAUACAUGGUCAAGUACAACUCUAAAAGUUUUGAUUCUUCCCCAUGUCUGUAUUUUAUUCUGAAGUAAACUUACAGCUCUGCACACCUAAAA